CUCGAUUUUCAUCUCGAGUCCAACACAACUCACCCUCCAACCACAUCCUCCUCACAACCGGCUUUGUGACAUCCACGCCAUUUCCAUCUCUUUCUAACCUUUACACUUUUAUCUAUCCACCCUCGAUCGUCCAGCUGCUGGUUUAGCUACGAUGAGUUCCACCCCUUCUACUCCUGGGCCCGCCAACAAGCCCGAACGAUCCUUCAGCCUCACCAAGCUCAAGGGCGCUCUCCGUCGAAACUCUAGGCAUUCGAUCGGUGCCACUGCCAGCGAACCAUCCGGCGACUCUUCUGUUCGACAGUCCCUCGACUCCACCGCGGCAUCAACCACGACCCCUCCAACAGGCACCACUUCGACACCCGCCUCCCCACGAAAGACUCCUUCCAUUCGACGUGUAUCCCUCGACCUCGCCAGGCCAUCGCGCCACGGUCGCUCCGCCAGCGUCUCCAUCGUUCCCUCAACUCAGACAACCAGUGAUAAGGCAUCGGAUUUCGACCCUUUUGCCGAGUCACACGACGACAAGGGCAAGCGCACGUGGAGCGUCAGGAAGACGGUGAAGGGAGCCCUCAAGCGAACAACCUCGAAGCUUUCCGUUGCCUCUGCGACGUCGGCUACCAAGUCGGUCGAGGGUGGUGCAGAGGCUGUCUCUGAACCUCAGAGCAUCCAGGCUGCCGACUCGGCCGCCGCAGAACAGACCGCAACACCUCCCCCUGUCGGCUCGGCAACUCUAGAGGCCGCCUCAUCCACCGAGCAGCAGGCCUCAGCGCCACAGGAGCCCACGGAGACACCUGCAGAGCCCGCUCCCCAACCCACUCCCGAACCCGACGCUGUGGUCGCCAAGGACCCUGAAGACCCUGAGCCCAAGCCGACGGAGGAGACGAAGGAAGCGGCCUCGACCGAAGAGGAGAAGCCGACUGCUCAAGAGCUCCAGCUCGCAGCCUCGACAACUGGUCUCGAUUGGGAACAUGUCGAUGCCGAAUCCUCGCCCGUCGUCGAUGAUAAGGCCAAGGAGGUCAUCGAGGAGGAUCCCGUUCCAUCCAAGGUCGACGAUAUCCUCGUUGUUCCUGCUAUCGUCGAGCCGGAGUCCCCGGUCGAGGUUAAGCUUCCUCCCCUCGAUGUCACUGUCUUGUCGAGAACCCACCUCACCGCCAGCCACCUUCGUUCCGAGUUUGCCGAACUCAGCCCCAUCAUCGAGUCUCCUUUGACUGCACGCGACGAGAACGCGCCCGUGUCGAUCCAGAUCACCUCAGACGACAAGCCCGUCGCAUCGUCACCUCUCGCAGCCUCGAGCACUACCGCCGAGGAGCCUGAGGAGCCCGCCCCAGUUGUCGUCCACGAAGUCGUUUCAAUGCCAGAGCCAAUUGUCUCAGCACCGGAACCUGUUCAGACUUCUGUGGCCCCCGAGGUUGCUGCCUCUUCGUCUCAGGGAAGUCAACCGCCCUCUAGCCCACGUUCCAAGCUUUCCGUCGACACCACCCCCGCCUCCGCCCUCCCGAUCGAGGUGCCCAGCCCCAACCUCAACGCGGCCGAGCAGGGCAAAGGUCUCCCCACCGCCAACGGCAACGCCUCCACCUCAUCCGACGCCGACGCCGCCAACAAGCCCCGCGAAGUCGUCAACCACUUCGACUUGCGAGGUCCCAGCACGGUCGCCACGACAGAUACCAACGCGACUUCUGGUGCCUACGGGCUCAUCGCCAACACAGCCUGGUUCGUCGGUGCAUGCGUGGUGGUUGGAAUUGGUGUGGUUGUGGGACAGGUCCGGUCAUAUCGCCAGGUAUAUAAAUCCACGAUUGCGCCUGUGCGACGUUUCUUCAGCUUUGACUGGUGGAAAUUUUAG